AUGGCUCGAUUUGACGCAAAACCGCUGAAUCCCUCCAAACUGAAUAGGGCUGUUCAGAGAAAUCCUGCAAUUUUUGGAAUUCCUUUCAUCCUUCUUAUGGUUGCUGCUUCGUACGGAAUGUCCACCUUUACUCAGACUCGUUAUGAUCUACAUGACCACAAAGUUAAACAGUUGUCCAAAGCGCAGGAGCUUGGGCUGAAUAAGCAAAGAAAGAAGUUUGAUAUACGAGAAGAAUAUUUCAAACUCAGCUCACAAGCAGACGACGAUUGGGAGCCAAGAAGAAUACAAAGGCCGAAAGGUCUACCAGAAUGGGGCGUCCCUCCAACCGAGCCUCCA